AGUAUAAAUUUCUUUUUGUGUAUUAUAUACUACAAGAAGUAUUCUUUUUCUCCUCAACGUCUUCUUCUGCUACCUCUCUUCUGCAUAUCUCUCAGCCACUUUAGCUAGGACCAUAUUUUUUCAUUACCCUUUUUUUUAUAUCUUAAAAUUCAAACCUGGGAUAUUACAGCAAGUUGAGGUGUGCAUGUUUUGCAAGAACAACAACAAAGACAGGCUUAACUGGUGAUUCUGUUUCUAGAUGUGUGUGCGUAUCCAAGCUAUAUUUUGCAUUAAAUGAAAAGUGAAGAAAAUUCACAAUCAUCCAUUUCUUGUGACAGCCGACAAGUCUGAACAUAGUACUCAAUCUAAGCAAUAACAAGCUCUAUAGUACUGCUACAAAUUUUAUCAGGUGGUUGGGUACCCGUUUUGUGUCUGCUGCUUCUUUCAAACAGACUAUUCAUCUUUUCAUCUUAAAGGCCUCAUCCGUACUUCUGUUGCUAGCUAUUUCUACAAAAUCACCUGCACCUAGAAUUUCAGGUUAUUGCCCAAGCUUCCUUAUCAAGAAAGGUGCAGAGUCCAGAAUUUAAUAAGCAAGCAAGGCUGCUUGCAAAUGUAGUUUCUUUUAUUAGCUUCUGGAAAAGAUAUUAAGUGUCAAGAAUUCAAGAUGCAUACACAAAGAAGAAUGGAUUCCAUGAGCCUUUUGUUCCUUCUCAUUCUGCUGUUUUGUAAUUUUUCUGAGUCAAGAAAGCUAUCAAGCCAGGUGAAAGAUCAGGGGAAUGAAGUUGAAGGGUUGGCUAAUUUCAAGAAGUUCUCAGUUGAUGCUGAUCCAAAUGGGUUUUUGAAGACCUGGGAUUCUUCAGCAUCUUCAAGCCCUUGUUCAUGGAAAGGCAUUGGGUGUUCAUUAGAAGGCGCAGUCACAGUUCUGAACCUAACCGGAGCAGGCCUUAUAGGCCAUCUUCAGCUUUCAGAGCUCAUGGAUAAUUUGCCGAGUUUGUCUCAGCUUUAUUUGAGUGGGAAUUCAUUUACUGGUAACCUUUCCUCUACUACUUCAUCAUGUAGCUUUGAGGUUCUUGAUUUGUCUGCCAAUAACUUCUCUGAACCACUUGAUGCACAAUCAUUGUUACUCACUUGUGACCAUCUUAUGAUUCUUAAUCUCUCUCGAAAUUUUAUAUCAGCUGGUAGUCUUAAAUUUGGUCCAUCCUUAUUACAGCUUGAUUUGUCUAGAAACCGGAUUUCCGAUCUAGGCCUCUUGACUGAUUCUUUAUCCAACUGCCAGAACUUGAAUCUGCUUAAUUUUUCGGACAACAAAUUGACCGGAAAAUUAACUAGCUUCCUCUCUUCUUGCAAGAAUCUUUCGACUGUUGAUCUCUCCUACAACUUCUUCUCUCAGAUACAUCCCAAUUUUGUGGCGAAUUCGCCUGCUAGCCUUAAAUUUCUUGAUCUGUCACACAAUAACUUCACUGGAAACCUUGUAAAUCUUGAACUUGGAACUUGUCACAACCUUACUGUUCUCAAUCUCUCCCAUAAUAGCCUAUCAGGAACCGGAUUUCCAGCUAGCUUGGCAAAUUGCCAGUUUCUAGAGACUUUGGACAUGGGACACAAUGAUUUCCACUUGAAAAUUCCAGGGGUGCUGUUAGGGAACCUCAAGAAGCUGAGGCACCUUUCUUUAGCUCAGAAUAGCUUUUUUGGGGAGAUUCCACCAGAGCUGGGAAAUGCUUGCAGAACACUUGAGGUACUUGAUUUAUCCGGGAAUCAGUUGAUUGAGCAGUUUCCAACUGAAUUUUCACUGUGCAGUUCACUUGUGACCCUCAAUGUUAGUAAGAAUCAGCUUUCUGGAGAUUUCUUAACCUCAGUUUUAAGUUCUCUUCCAAGUUUGAAAUAUCUGUAUCUGUCAUUCAACAACAUUACUGGUUCUGUGCCCCCAUCCCUGACCAAUGCUACUCAACUUCAAGUGCUAGACCUUAGCUCUAAUGCUUUUACUGGGACUAUACCUACUGGUUUUUGCUCAAAAUCCUCUUCCUUUUCACUGGAAAAAUUGCUGCUUGCAAAUAAUUAUCUCAAAGGAAGAAUACCUUCUGAGAUUGGAAACUGCAAGAAUUUGAAGACUAUUGACCUUAGCUUCAACAGCCUUAUUGGUUCAGUUCCUUCAGAAAUAUGGACUUUACCGUAUAUAGCAGACAUAGUAAUGUGGGGUAAUGGUCUCACAGGCGAAAUUCCGGAAGGAAUAUGCAUCGAUGGAGGGAAUCUCCAAACCCUCAUUCUCAAUAAUAAUUUUAUCAGUGGCUCCAUUCCACAGUCCUUUGUGAAAUGUACCAAUUUGAUUUGGGUUUCUCUCUCCAGCAAUCAGCUUAGAGGAACUAUCCCUGCUGGUAUAGGCAAUCUUCUCAACCUUGCUAUCCUUCAACUGGGAAACAAUUCUUUGACCGGAGAAAUUCCACCAGGGCUAGGUAAAUGCAAGAGCCUCAUUUGGCUCGACCUAAAUAGUAAUGCUCUAACAGGUUCUAUUCCUCCAGAGCUUUCCUCUCAAUCAGGCCUUGUUUCACCUGGACCUGUUUCUGGAAAGCAAUUUGCAUUUGUGAGAAACGAGGGAGGGACUGCAUGCAGAGGUGCUGGAGGAUUGUUGGAAUAUGAAGGUAUUCGGGCUGAAAGGCUAGAAAAAUUUCCUAUGGUUCUCGCCUGUCCAUCAACGAGAAUUUACUCUGGCAGGACAGUUUAUACAUUUGCAAGCAAUGGCAGCAUUAUCUACUUCGAUCUUUCUUACAAUGCCUUGUCAGGAACUAUACCUGAAAGCUUUGGUUCAUUGAACUCUGUGCAAGUGAUGAACUUGGGACACAACAAUCUUACUGGAAGUAUUCCUUCCAGCUUUGGUGGAUUAAAAUAUAUCGGAGUUCUCGACUUGUCUUAUAAUAAUCUUCAAGGAGCUAUCCCAGGGUCAUUAGGAGGACUGUCAUUCCUUAGUGAUCUUGAUGUGUCGAACAAUAAUCUCUCCGGCUCUGUCCCUUCAGGUGGUCAGCUAACUACUUUUCCAUCCUCGAGAUAUGAGAAUAAUGCAGGCCUAUGUGGAGUCCCGCUGCCGCCUUGUGGUUCAGAAAGUGGACGACAUCCACUAAGAUCUAACAGUCAAGGAAAGAAAACAUCAGUUACUACAGGGGUGAUGAUUGGUAUUGGGGUGUCUCUUUUCAGCAUCUUCAUUCUCUUAUGCGCACUCUACAGGAUAAGGAAGUAUCAGCAGAAGGAGGAGCUAAGAGACAAAUACAUUGAGAGCCUUCCAACAUCUGGCAGUAGUAGCUGGAAAUUGUCUAGUGUUCCUGAACCUUUAAGCAUAAAUGUUGCCACAUUUGAGAAACCUCUCCAGAAACUAACGUUUGCUCACUUGCUUGAAGCUACCAAUGGUUUCAGCGCAAAUAGCUUAAUUGGGUCUGGAGGGUUUGGUGAUGUCUACAAGGCCCAACUGGGAGACGGUCGUGUCGUUGCAAUCAAGAAGCUCAUUCAUGUGACAGGCCAGGGUGAUAGAGAGUUUAUGGCUGAAAUGGAAACCAUAGGGAAAAUUAAACACCGGAACUUGGUUCCUUUGCUUGGUUACUGCAAGAUUGGAGAGGAGAGGCUUCUAGUGUAUGAGUACAUGAAAUGGGGAAGUCUGGAGUCUUUUAUUCAUGACAGACCUAAAGUUGGAGGAGGUUUAAGAAUUGACUGGCCUGCUAGAAAGAAGAUUGCCAUUGGCUCAGCAAGGGGACUAGCAUUUCUUCACCACAGUUGCAUACCUCAUAUUAUCCAUAGGGACAUGAAGUCUAGUAAUGUACUUCUGGAUGAAAACUUUGAAGCUCGGGUUUCUGAUUUUGGGAUGGCAAGACUGGUAAAUGCUUUUGAUACCCAUCUCAGUGUGAGUACCCUUGCAGGGACUCCAGGUUAUGUCCCUCCAGAGUAUUACCAGAGUUUCAGGUGCACGGCAAAAGGGGAUGUGUAUAGUUAUGGAGUUGUAUUACUAGAGCUUUUAUCAGGUAAGAGGCCGAUAGACCCCGCUCAAUUUGGUGAUGACAACAAUCUUGUUGGGUGGGCAAAACAGUUGCAUAAAGAGAAAAGAGAUCUUGAGAUUCUGGAUUCUGAAUUACUGCUGCAUCAAUCUAGUGAGGCUGAACUAUACCACUAUCUGCAGAUUGCAUUUGAAUGCCUAGAUGAGAAAGCUUACAGAAGGCCAACUAUGAUUCAGGUCAUGGCUAUGUUUAAAGAACUUCAAAUGGAUUCCGAAACUGAUAUUCUUGAUGGCCUAUCAGUAAAAAAUUCAGUGAUUGAUGAAUCCCUGUAAUACGAACUUUUGGUCACGUCCUCCAAUAUCUUGACGAAUAAUGAUAAACGCUCUGUGGAUUCUGCGAGAUUAGGCCACAAUGACACAUAUAGACGUGUAGUUUGCUACAAAAAUGUGGAGAAAGCAUCAAUUCUUGACAUAUUGCCCAGUGUAAAUAAUAGAUAACUGGAGAAGGCAGAAGGUGUGGACAAGGAGGAAAGAAAACAAAUGGAGUUUUUCUCGGUCAGCCUUAUUCUCAGAAAGACCUGCACAUUUCCUUUUCUGUUUUCUAUCAAAGUUUUGUUUAUUGAUGUGUUGCAAUUUGGCAUUUCAGUUGCCAGUUUUAUUGUUAAUAGAAAUCAGUGACAUGGAGAUGAGACUAUACUCUCAUUAUGUACAGUUGUCUUAUAGGAUUCAGAUCUUUUCAACAUUCA